AUUUUGAACCGAAAUUACGAACAACCUAAUAAUUCUACUUAUCAUAAUAACGGCUCUGGUAGUUCUAAUAACUCUCCUUCGAAUAAUCACUCGGCAAUACAAAAACCUUUUACAUCUCGUUCUCUUGCACCUCUUGAACCUCAUCAUUCUGCUAUACCGUCUUAUUUGACUACUACAAGACGUGGUUCAAUUACGGAUCCUUCACUUCAUUUAUCUGUUCCAAAUCCAGAAUUGGCACGACAAUACUCGCAACCUGACAUUAAUUUUCCAUCCACGAGCACAGUUUCUUCUGAACGUCGUGGAUCAUUUGUGGAUCAAUAUCCCCCUUCCCCUUCAUCAUCUCUUUCACGUCCAUCAUCGGUUAAAAAUGAACAAUCUUUUUCACCAAUGGAAACUCGUAAACUUAGGGAUGCUUUACCAUCUAUUAGUACUAGUGCAAGCCCUAUCAAGGAUGGUUUUCCUGGUCCAUUAAUGAAUCCGGCAUUUCAAGCUCAAUUACAACCACGACGACAUUCUAUCGCGGUAGGGGAAGUCGUCGCUCCGUUAAAACGAAAAAAUGUUAUUAAUGUUCCAGUACCAAGCCAUCCAGUGAAUACAGAUGAUUAUCCCGUAAAACGACGAGAAUCUGUUGGAGAUCCAAAUAUACAACGUUUAUCACUUUAUGAUCGUAGAAAUUCUUAUUCUGCUUCAUAUAGUCCACCAGCACCACCAUCUUCAUCUUUAUUUCUACAACUAAUCUGUUGCCGAAGCUUAACGUUCAUGAUGUAA